UUAGCGUCGUCAAUGGGAAGCACACGCCACGGUGGAAAAGCGAAUACUGUCUAGCUAACUUCCAUUUACAACAUGGGUUCCACGUCGAUUCCGUGUUUGUGGAUUACAUUUUGCAUUCAUUUAUGUUGUUUUAUGGACACUGGAAAAGCACAGAAUGCGAAAGAAGUGAUUCUGUUGGAUUCCAAGGCGCAGCAGACAGAGCUGGAGUGGAUAUCCUAUCCUCCUAGUGGGUGGGAAGAGAUCAGCGGGUUGGAUGAAAACUACACCCCCAUUCGCACAUACCAGGUUUGUCAGGUCAUGGAGCCCAAUCAGAACAACUGGCUUCGGACUAGCUGGAUAGAGAAGGGCGAUGCCCAAAGGAUUUUUGUGGAACUGAAGUUCACCUUGAGGGAUUGUAACAGUCUACCCGGUGUGGUGGGCACGUGCAAGGAGACAUUCAACUUGUAUUAUCAGGAAACCGAUUCGGAGGUCGGCAGGAAUAUACGAGAGAACCAGUAUGUGAAAAUUGACACAAUCGCAGCAGACGAGAGCUUCACCCAGGGGGACCUGGGAGAGAGGAAGAUGAAGCUGAAUACAGAAGUGCGCAUCAUUGGGCCGCUGUCCAGACGAGGGUUUUACCUGGCCUUCCAGGAUGUAGGGGCAUGCAUCGCUCUGGUCUCUGUCAAAGUUUAUUACAAGAAGUGCUGGUCCAUCAUUGAGAACCUGGCCACUUUCCCAGACACAGUGACGGGGUCAGAGUUCUCCUCUCUGGUCGAGGUCGAGGGCAUGUGUGUCAGUGACGCCGAGGAGGAGGCCGACAACUCUCCCAAGAUGCACUGCAGCGCAGAGGGGGAAUGGCUGGUGCCUAUAGGGAAAUGUAUAUGCAAAGCGGGAUUUCAUCAGAAGGGCGAUGCAUGUGAACCAUGUGGCCGUGGGUUCUACAAGUCCUCGUCCCAGGACCUGCAGUGUUCGCGCUGCCCAGCACACAGCUACAAUGAUCGGGAGGGCUCGUGGCGCUGCGACUGUGAGGACGGCUACUACCGGGGACUCUCGGACCCACCCUCUGUGGCCUGCACAAGACCUCCCUCGGCGCCACAGAACCUGGUCUACAACAUCAACCAGACCACGGUCAGCCUGGAGUGGAGCCCGCCGGCCGACACGGGCGGCCGCAACGACGUCACCUAUAGGAUUAUGUGCCGUCGCUGCAGUUGGGAGCCCGAGGAGUGCGUGCCGUGCGGGGGUAACGUGGGAUACUCCCCCCAACAGGCGGGAUUAGUGGACACCUACGUGAGCGUGGUGGACCUGCUGGCCCACGCCAACUACACCUUCGAGGUCGAGGCAGUCAACGGGGUAUCUGACCUCAGCCGCACCCAGAGGCUGUUCGCCGCAGUCAGCAUCGCCACCAGUCAAGCAACUCCCUCCCAAGUCAGUGAAGUCAUCAAGGAGAGAGUGCAGCAGCGCAGCAUCCAGCUCUCCUGGCAGGAGCCUGAGCAGCCCAACGGAGUCAUCACCGAAUAUGAGAUCAAGUACUACGAAAAAGACCAGAAGGAUCGCAUCUACUCCACAGUGAAGUCCAGGUCCACGUCAGCCACAGUGAACAACCUGAAGCCCAGCACUGCCUACGUGUUCCAGAUCCGAGCCUUCACCGCGGCCGGCUACGGCACCUACGGACCCCGGCUGGAGGUCACCACCAAGGAGGAGGCCUCAGCCACCAUUGUCUCCAGCGAGCAGAAUCCCGUCAUCAUCAUCGCGGUGGUAGCCGUGGCGGGAACCAUCAUCCUGGUCUUCAUGGUGUUCGGCUUCAUCAUUGGGAGAAGACACUGUGGCUACAGCAAGGCGGACCAGGAAGGAGACGAGGAGCUGUAUUUCCAAUUUAAAUUUCCAGGCACCAAAACAUACAUUGACCCUGAAACCUACGAGGACCCGAACAGGGCUGUCCAUCAAUUUGCCAAGGAGCUGGACGCGUCCUGCAUUAAGAUUGAGCGAGUUAUUGGAGCAGGAGAGUUUGGGGAGGUGUGUAGUGGACGGAUGAAACUCCCAGGGAAACGGGACAUGUCAGUGGCCAUUAAAACCCUGAAGGUGGGCUACUCAGAGAAACAGAGGAGGGACUUCCUGUGUGAGUCCAGCAUUAUGGGCCAGUUUGACCAUCCCAAUGUUGUCCAUCUGGAGGGAGUGGUGACCAGAGGCAAACCGGUGAUGAUUGUGAUUGAAUAUAUGGAAAACGGCUCGUUAGAUGCUUUUCUCAGGAAACAUGAUGGUCAGUUCACAGUGAUCCAGUUAGUGGGGAUGCUGCGGGGCAUAGCAGCAGGGAUGAGAUAUCUCUCCGACAUGGGGUAUGUCCAUCGAGAUCUGGCUGCACGAAAUGUACUUGUCAACAGCAAUCUCGUAUGUAAAGUGUCUGACUUCGGCCUGUCAAGAGUGAUCGAUGACGAUCCCGAGGCUGUCUACACAACAACGGGGAAGAUGCAGGAUAUAAUGAAUUUGAUCUUUACUCCAGCCACUGACCUGCAUUUUACUGAACAGGGUGGAAAAAUACCUGUUCGAUGGACAGCAAUGGAAGCCAUCCAGUACCGUAAAUUCACUUCCGCUAGUGAUGUGUGGAGUUAUGGCAUUGUCAUGUGGGAGGUCAUGUCCUAUGGGGAACGGCCUUACUGGGACAUGUCCAAUCAAGAUGUGAUAAAGGCCAUAGAAGAGGGGUACCGCCUCCCUGCUCCCAUGGACUGCCCUCCAGGCCUGCACCAGCUAAUGCUGGACUGCUGGCAGAAAGACAGGGCCGAUCGACCCAAAUUUGAUCAAAUAGUUGGCAUCCUUGAUAAGAUGAUUCGCAAUCCCAAUACCUUGAAAACCCCAGUGGGAACCUGCACGAGACCGAUUAGUCCCCUGUUAGACCAGAGCACACCAGACUUCACUACUUUCCGCUCGGUUGGGGAGUGGCUGGAGGCCAUCAAGAUGGAGAGAUACAGAGACAACUUCACCGCCGCUGGCUACAGCUCACUGGACUCUGUGGCCAGGAUGUCAAUUGAGGAUGUGAUGAGCUUGGGGAUCAGUUUAGUGGGCCAUCAGAAGAAGAUCAUGAGCAGCAUACAGACUAUGAGAGCCCAGAUGCUGCAUCUCCAUGGCACAGGAAUCCAGGUGUGAUGACAGACUACAGUGCCCCCUGUGGACGGGCUAUCUAGAGCAGCACUAAGGCAAAACCUCCCAGGAUAAUCAUUGAAAAUCAUGUGACGUGAUGUCGUCUCCUAUCUGACUAUUUUUUUCCGGAUGUUUCGGAAUGAAAUAAUUCCUGUGAUCCUUGGCGAAGGAUUUAACCCCUCUUUAGAAUGGGUAUUAAGGAGAGAAUGACAGAAUACUACCUGAACAUGAUGCCAAACUUAAACCGCUCUGAGGAACUCUCAACAACAUAUCAAAUAGAGAUGGAGCUUUGGAAAAUGAGUUUGAUACGUAUUACCUUGUUCUUUUAACCUCGUGAAUGAUUUUUAUUUGUGCACCAUGAAAAUGGAUUUCACUUAAAAAAAGGAAAAAGAAAAAAGAUUUCAAACAAUUUGUUUAUUCCCCUUGCGGUGGUUUUUCAGUAUUUUCUUUACUAGUUUGUUCAUUUUGUUAGUGUCAGGAGCCACAGUGAUAUGGUGUGGUACGUACAGUAAUCUUUCAUUUUUAUUUUCCCCUUACAAUUGUUUUCUUCUUUUUUUCCAUUUUGGACUUGACAACAGGGUAAACGUUCCCAUCCAAAAGGAUGAAUAUGGUGUCUGAACAUUUUGGUGAAAAUGAUUUAGAGGUACUUUGACCAGUUUGUCUUGAGACACUACUGGCUGUUUUAACUGUUUGCAGUGAGUUGUGUUUUUUCCUCCUGAUGUUUUUGAAGUGAAAAAUGGUAUCCUGCACCUCAGAUAAGUGACUUCAGAGAUAGUAGUAUUCUCUUGGUCGUUUGAAGCUUACAGGAGUGCUUUGCUGUAUGCAUUUUUCUGAACACAGAUGCUCCCAAUUUAUGAUGGAAAAUCAUAUUUCAAAUUUGUAUGUAGAAAUUUUGAAACAGUAUGACACCAAUCAUUCAAAUUGAUUUAAGAUUGAUCACAACUUUUAUAUCUAAUAUCCAGCAUCAAAGUGGCAACAUUCUUUACAUGUUCAUGUUUACCACAUUAAUCAUUUGAUCAUAUUGUCCAAUAUGCUUUCAAUCUGAACUUUGAUUUCCGUUGUUUAAAUCAUCAAUGAACGUUUCCACAGAUAGCUCUACAGAAAGAUUGUAUUGAAACUUAAUGAGAUGACUUGAUCCACCGCAAACGGUGUUGCCAUUGAAAUGCCCCCCCCCCCCCCCCCCACCCCAAAAUGUUGCAGCAAACGGUAUUUGUUUCGUAUUUUAGUGAAUACAAUAGUUGAGGGUGAAUCUAGGAAAUGCUGUGUACAUUCUUUCUAGAAGUAAUAAUGCCUUAAAACGUGUUGGACUAAUGUAUUGACAUUAUUUUUAGGCUAUUCAAUGGCAAUGCUUUUUGCAGUUCAGUGAGACAGGUCUUGUGUAGGGUUGAAUGGAAAGGUUCCCCAUUUUCUUUGUGGUAUCCUUUCAUGCAGGUUGACGUUUAUUGUUACGAAUCUUUCCCUGGAGGCAGAACUGAGCAGUUUCCGCUAGAUGGGCCAGCUGCAAAAUCCAA